AAGCGGGUCUAAGAACAGAACUGAAUCCUCUUGAAAUCUAAGAACUCAAAGAAAGAAGCAUUAACAAUGAUUCCAAAUCAAAGCUCCAACCGCAUUAAUAACAAACUCUUAAAGGAAACAAAUACAACCACUUCUACUUCUACUCGUAACAUCAUGACUCGAAGAAACUCUCAAAUCGAAUCAAACGAAAACGAAUUCGAAUCUCAGAACCCAAUCAACUUUCCACCACCACGAACUCCACUCAAUUCCAUACCAGAUCCAUCACAGUGUCACGAAUCCGAAACUCAUCGACAUGCUCGUUCUUCCUCCGAUAGGUUCGGGAAUGCUGGUUCAGUUCGGACUGGAAAGCUACAUUCCGAAUCUAACUCAGCGCAGAGUACACCUGCUAGAAAUUCUUCUAGAGUUUCGCUCGGUGGAGGAAGUAGUAGAGUUAGCUUAGGUAAAGGAAUUGUGAAAGGAACUGAAAUUUUAACCCAAGUUCAGCAUUUUGAACUUAAACACGAUCCUUCGUUUUGGACGGAUCAUAAUGUUCAGGUGUUGAUAAGGAUUCGACCGUUGAGUAAUAUGGAGAAGCUUUCACAAGGAAAUGGAAGAUGUUUGAAACAGGAAAGUGCGCAGACUUUGGUUUGGCUUGGUCAUCCUGAAACCAGAUUCACAUUUGAUCAUAUAGGCUGUGAGACUUUAUCACAGGAAAAUCUGUUCAGAGUUGCGGGAGUGCCCAUGGUGGAGAAUUGUUUGUCUGGUUACAACAGUUGUAUGUUUGCUUAUGGUCAGACGGGUAGUGGAAAAACAUAUACCAUGAUGGGUGAGAUCAAAGAAACACAAGGAAGCCUCGAUGAAGAUAGUGGGAUAACACCAAGAGUUUUCGACUAUUUGUUUGCGAGGAUUAAAGCGGAAGAAGAGAUUGGGAAGGAUUGUAAAUUGAAAUACACUUGCAAAUGUUCCUUUUUAGAGAUAUACAAUGAGCAAAUAACUGAUCUUCUAGAACCUUCAUCAACAAAUCUCCAACUCAGAGAAGAUAUGAAGAAGGGGGUAUAUGUUGACAAUCUUACUGAACAUAGUGUAGUCACAGUCAAUGAUGUUCUGAGGCUUUUGGUACAGGGCACUGCAAAUAGAAAGGUGGCUGCAACUCAUAUGAACUGUGAGAGCAGUCGGUCUCACAGUGUUUUCACUUGCAUUAUUGAAAGCCGAUGGGAGAAAGAUUCUAUGACCCACUUCCGGUUUGCAAGGUUAAAUUUGGUAGAUCUGGCUGGUUCUGAAAGGCAGAAAAGCUCUGGAGCUGACAGUGAACGUCUGAAAGAAGCUGCAAAUAUAAAUAAAUCAUUGUCAACUCUUGGCUUGGUAAUUAUGACAUUGGUUGACUUAGCCCAUGGGAAGCCUAGGCAUGUUCCCUACAGGGAUUCAAGGCUUACAUUUCUUCUACAGGAUUCUCUAGGUGGAAACUCAAAAACAAUGAUCAUUGCAAAUGUCAGCCCAUCCAUUUGCUCUGCUAACGAAACAUUAAGCACUCUGAAGUUUGCCCAGCGAGCCAAGCUCAUCCAAAACAAUGCAAAAGUGAAUGAAGAUGCUUCUGGUGACAUAAGUGCACUGCAGUGGCAAAUCCAACAAUUGAAGGGUCAACUAUCCUUUCUGACGAAGAAUAAAUUUUUUCCACCACUGGCGUCAAAUUUGGAGCCAAAUUCUGAUAGCUGUAGGUUGAGUGAAGUGUCAGAAGAACACAACUCUACGGGAGAAAGAGCGACAGCAGAUCACAAGCUACUUACUCCAAACAAAGAGAUCAAACGCAUGAAAGCUGCUUUGGUUGGUGCCUUGAGGAGAGAAAAAAUGGCCGAGACUACAAUCCAGGGUUUAAAGGUCGAAAUUGAUCACACAAAAUGCUUGGCUCAACAAAAAGAUGAAGAUGCUCAGCAUAAUUCAAUUAAGCUGAGGCAUUGUGAGGAGAAAAUUAAACAACUUGAAUUGUUGGUAGAUGGUCAACUAUCAGCUGAGAAGUAUCUUACGGAGGAAAAUAGGGCUUUAAAAGAGGAGAUUCAGUUUCUUAAAAUGAAGAUUGAUAAAAAUUCAGAAUCAUCCAAACUUGCUUUGGAGAAUGAUAGACUUUUGCAGCAACUGGAAAUAUUCCAAAACUUCUAUGAGCAUGGAGAGCGGGAAAGAUUGCUGGCUGAACUUUCUGAAUUACGCGAUCAGCUCUUGGUCCAUCUCCAAGAAAAAUUUACUUUCUCCAUGAAAAAUGAAAAUCAGGUCAACUUUAGUUUUAUUACUCGUGUAAUAUUGGUUUUUCUUACUAAGAUUUCCUAUUUUCACUUAUUAUGCUCUUUGAAUUUUCAGGAUAUUGAUGCCACACAGGAGUUAGAAGUUUGCCAGAAUAUGAAUUCUAAGUUGCUUAGGGAAGCAGAUAAAUUACAGACAGAACUUGGAAAAUAUUUGAACUACAAUAAAGUGAAGUCUAAUUCUGUUGAGACAAUAUCUGUGGGAAGUGAUUUUAGUGAUGAGAUGCCAUCCUCUACAUGGGAAUAUAAAAACAACAAAGAGUUAGAAGCCAAAUUGGAAAGAAUGAGCAAGGAUCUUAAAGAAGUGAGGUUACUUAAUGACCAAUAUCAAGAGAAAUGGGCAUUACAGUUAUCUCAAAAACAGCAGAUGGAAAGAGUCUGUCAAGAAGUUGAGAUGGAGACGACCAGCACAAUUCUUCAUUUGCAGGAAGAGGUUGCCAGUCUUCAAUCAGAGUUAGAAGGGAGGUUAUGCUCCAUUGAUCAAGAAAAUACAGAGCUAAGAAAUGUGGUUGCAGCAAAAGAAGAGGAAAUGAAGUCACUUUGUUUGGACUGGGAAAAGGCAAUCUUGGAACUGAUAACAUUCCUUGUUGAAGGUUCUAGAUCUCUCAAAGAUGCCUGUGGCCAAGUACAAAAUAUUUCUUCUUCAUUUCCAAAGGUCAAUGCUUGGAUUAGUGAACAUGUUGGCAUGGCUGUCAAAAAGUAUAUUGAGAAGGAGGAAACAAUUCAUCAACUACAAAGUAGCUUGGAGGAUGCACGAAAGAUGAUAUUGGACAUGGAGGUGAAAAUAUGUUCCUUAAAGGAAGCAACUUUAACCUUAAGUGCAUUUGAACAUCUAGACAAUGAAAAUGGCACUGAAGAGGCAAUUGAAUUAAGAGUUAUGUUAAAUGAGAAGAGCGAUAUGAUAAAGACUCUGGAAGCUGAAAUAAAAUAUAAAAACGAUCAACUUUGUAAAGCAGCUAAGCAAGCUGAUGCUGCAUUCGUUGUUGCAAAAUGGCUUUCUGAUAGUUUUAAUGCAGCUCACUUGAAUAAUGAUGUUGAAGACAUUUCCAUCCCUAAUCUAGAUAUGCAAAGCAGUUUCGGAGAUUGUGCUACUUCUGAGAAUCUAGAUGUUGGAUAUAGUUUGGUACUAAAUGAUCUUAUGAGUCAAGUUGAGUUGACAAAACUAGAAGUAAUGGAGAUGGAGAAUGCUGUAAAAACCAGUUUUGAAGAUACAGGAAUGCAGACAGAAGGUUUUCAAACUGGUGUCCUGGGUCUUUUUUCUGCUUACAGGGAUUUGAUUCAAGACAUAGUCAAAGAAACAAAGGAUAUGAGGAAAGAAAUAAGGGAUUUAAAGAUGCACUACAUAAGUUCUGAUGGUUAUACAGUUGACUCCUUGACAUCAAAUACAAGUAAUUGUCAAGUGCUUGCAAACCAGCAUCACACUCUGCAUCAGAUAAAAGAGCAACUUGUUUUAAUGAAUGGAAGAUUGAAUACCAUAGAUAAUUGUAUUAGCAAAGACGUAGAUGUGUCAAGAUUUCAACUGGCAGAUGAAGAUUUCAUAGAUGCUGAUGAAUUGAGCACUGAUAGUUCUUCACUCUCUGAUUUAUCAACUGAAACUGAGAGUGUUGCUUCUGGAAGAAAGUCACAUGGAUUCACAAGUAAUUAUGACUUUAAGUUAGCUGGAGAAAUAAAUGAAAAAAAGGAGCAACUAAAUUCUGAAAGAGGCAUUAUAAUUCAAUCAGAUGAUGCUUGCAGUUCAUCAAAUACAGCAGAGUUCACGAGAAGGCCAAUCUAUAAUGUAGUAGCAAGGUCCAGUCUGAGGAGAGAAUUAAAUGCCACAUAUGAUGGUUUCCAAAGACUCUAUAAUUGUUUUCCCGCACUCCUCAAUAAACUAGAUGAUGGAUCCCUUUCUUGCCCUAAAGAGCUGGAAAAGGUGGCUCCAUAUUCAUGGUUGAGGAUGCAGAAAGAUGAAGUUGGCUAUGAGAGCGACAAAGAGGUGUUUGAUUAUAGGGAUAUUAAGCCUGAUGAGCGCUUCUUAACCAAAUUUAUGGAAGCUCAUGCAGCGGUGAAAGAAGCAGAUCUCACACUACAUGCUUUGACAAAAGCAUUUGAAGAUUCAAAACAGUUAACUGCUCUGUGGAAGCAGGCUAGUGAAAACUUGACGAUCGAGAGAGCAAGCAUGUCAGAAGAGAUUCAAAAGCUUAAAUCUUCAACACCCCAUGCAGAGGAAGAGAAUCAAUUACUGAAGGACCACAUCAAUUUCAGCUCGAUAGAGAUGACAAAUUCAAUUUCCACGCUAGAAGAGUGUUUUUUACAAAUGCAAACCGAUAUGGAGAAGAAAUUCAAGGUAAUAUAUUCUGAUGUUCAUCUGAUGGGGCAGGAGAUACUGUACUUUGUGAACAGCCUAAGGGCAUCAGUAGAAGAUAUUUGCUCACGGAUUAUGGAUGGAGGUUUUGAAUCUUUUGCUUUGUACAGUUGCUGUUUAACAGAGCUUGUCAGUAAGUUUGCUGACUUUAGCGUAAACCAUGAGUUUCAAUCAGCCAGACAGGGGGCAUUGCAUAAUUUGCCAAAAACUUGCUCAAGUAUUGCGGAACCUGUCCCUAGUACCGUUAAUGAAGGUAUAGAGAAAAUAGAUCACCAUCUGUUAAUCCAAAAUGUGCAAGAGGAACCAGACUUUCCCAAUGUUAGAGCAUUAUAUGAAAACACGGCUCUUAAAAAGGAGUUAGAGAGGAAACAAGAGUUAUUAGAAGGUUUACUUUUUGACUUUAGGCUGUUGCAGGAAUCAACUUCUAACAGUAAGGAAAUUAGGGAUCAGACUGAGAAGUUAAUAUUUUCUCUAAGCCAAGCUCGGUAUGAGCUAGAGAUUAAAUCAAGUCAGCUUGAUGAUAUACUGGUUCAAAACAAAAAACUGGAAGCUUCUCUUACUGACACUGAAAAGGCCUUAACUAGAUCAAAUAAUGAGCUUGAGCUUGCUAAAGAAUCAAUUGAGAAAUAUGCUGAUCAAAAUGAGGAGUUAAGGGAUCUUUUAAGAGAAUUGUAUGACAACAAAAAGGAAGCUGAAGAGCAAUUGGAUGAGCACAAAGAGUUGAUUAGAGGCUUGGAAAAUGAAAUUUCUAAUUUGACAGCUUCACUGGAAAACCAAUCACUUUCCUUGUUUCAAAGCAUAGAGGAUGAACUAAAUCAGGUGAUGAUGGAGAGAGACCAACUUUAUGAAAAAGUUCAUGCAUUGAAUGACAAGCUUGAGAUGGUUUAUUCCUUGGUUGAUGAAAAGGAAGCUAUUGCCAUGGAAGCUCGUCAGGAGUCGGAGUCUAGUAAGCUCUUUGCUGAGCAAAAGGAAGAGGAAGUCAAGAUUUUGGAACAUUCUGUUGAGGAACUUGAAUCUACCAUAAAUGUUUUAGAGAAAAAGGUGUAUGAAAUGGAUGAGGAGGUAGAAAGACAUCGUUCAAUUAGUGAUUCGCUAAAAGUGGAACUACAAGCUUUGAAAGAGAGGAUACUGUUAGUUGAGAGUUUACCCCAAAAUUCAGAUUUAGAAAGCACGAGUGUUCAUACUGGAGAGAAGAUAUCUAGGCAACUACCUAGUAAAGUACUGGAACUAAAUGAGGCACUGAUUCAGAUAAAGCUUCUUGAAAAGGAAAAUGCAGAGAAAGAUCAGGAGAUUAAAAAGUGCAAAGAGUAUGUCUCUGAAAUUGUAUUGCAUGCUGAAGCCCAAUCAUUGCAGUACCAACAGAAGUACAAGUGCCUGGAGUCAAUGUUCCGCGAAGUGAAAACAGAUAUGUCAUAUUCAACAUCAGAAAAAUUUGAGAAAACCUCAACAAGGACUAGAGGUUCUGGCUCACCAUUCAGAUGCAUUUCAAAUCUUGUUCAGCAGAUGAAUCAGGAGAAAGAUCAAGAACUGUCAGUGGCAAGGCUCCGUGUACAAGAACUAGAAGCACUUGCAGCUAGCCGGCAAAAAGAGGUUUGCAUGCUACAAACAAGGCUGGCUGCUACUGAAAGCAUGACUCAUGAUGUCAUUCGGGACCUUCUCGGGGUCAAAUUGGACAUUACUAACUACGCAAAUUUAAUAGACCAAAACCAAAUCGUGCAAUUAGUGGAGGAAGCUCAUCAACAGAGAGAAGAGUUCUUUGCAAAGGAAAAAGAGAAUCUCGACCUUAGACAACAUAUUAAUGAUCUCAUUGAAGAAAGAAAGAGCUGCAUAUCACAACUGAAAACUAAAGAGGCAGAUAUGCUUGCCACUCAGAUAGCAGUGCAACAACUCCAAGAGCGAGAUCAGUUGCUUUCUGCACAAAACGAAAUGUUGAAGAUGGACAAAACCAAUCUCAUGAGGAAGAUUGCAGAAUUGGAUGACAUGGUUAAAACACUAGUUGGGACAAGAAAUUCUCAACAUGUUCCACAAUCCUCAAAGACUAAGGAUAAGGGAGCUCAAAAUUUGGGCAAUGUCAGAUUUACCAAGAGGUUGUCACAAUCUGAACGACUUCUUGCUCGGGUUAACGAAGAGCUUACUCAUUACCGCAAAUCUUCUGGUGAUAAUUUGCAUGGCUAAACAACCAAUAGUUUUGUGGCUGAUCCAACAUGUUCUAAUUUAAACUGUACAGAUACCCUCAUUCUUUGACAAGUUCAGAAAAUGUAUAAACACAUUCUGUCACAUCAUGUAAAAUCUAUUGUGGUGUUUUUUGUAGAA